AUGGCAGGCACAGGCGUGCAUGCGCAGGUGCAGCGUCUCUUCCAGUACUGGUAUGCCAAUCAGGUAAACAAUGUGAGAUGGGGAGGCAGUUUUUCUGGUGAUUACGGGUUGGAGUGCGGGGUGAGACAAAGUGGUCUGAGCUCUCCGAAGCUUUUCAACCUUUACAUCAACGACCUGAUCGUGGAGCUCAGCAAUGAGCAUGUUGGCUGCACGGUUGAUAGUGUUUUUAUAAACAACAUCAGCUACGCAGACGACAUGGCGCUGCUGUGCCCUUCGGUGGGGGCUCUCAGGAGACUGCUGAGCAUCUGUGAGAGGUAUGCUGGCAAAUAUGGGUUGGUGUAUAAUUGUAGAAAAAGUGUGUACAUGGUCUUUAAGGCCGCCGGUAAAGGUCCUGAAUCAGUACCAUUAAUUAAACUUAAUGAUGUUAAUCUGACACGUGUGUAUAGUUUUAAAUAUCUUGGGCAUUAUAUUACCGACGACCUUAAUGACCAUGAGGACAUUGAAAGGGAACGUAGGGCAUUGGCGAUCAGAAGCAGAGGCAAUUAUACUAAAAGAUCGCUCAGUGCCCUACGGGUCCAGUACAAUAAUGGGUUUAGAGUGUUGAUGGGGCUGCCUCGUUUCUGCAGUGCAUCUACCAUGUUUGCAGAGGCGCGGGUGGAUGAUUUCUACGCCAUCAUCCGUAAAAGAACAGCCUCACUGCUCAGCAGACUACGGGGCAGCGCCAACAGCAUUCUAAAGGUCAUACCUGACCGAUAUAACUUGCCUGUAAUGAAGUCUUUCAUUCGGGUCCUGAUCAAGUAG